UGUUGUGGGCAAAACCCUGAGCUGAGGAUGACACAGGUGUGCGCCCAGGAGAACCUCUACAACCUCCUGCCCCGUCUGGAGGAGAAAGCUGUCAGACCGCCUCGAUAUAUAUCAACAUUUAGAUCAUCUGUGAAGUAUGAGGCACAGAAAAAUAAAGCUCCUUGGAAAACCAUUGGACCAGAAAAAGUUGAAGUACCUUCUCCAAAAAACUUUCUUCUGAAAGGUUCAAGGGAACCAAAACUACUACAGAGGCAAAAAGAUCAUGGUUCUAAAAAAAUCUCAACAUUACCACCAGUUCCACAGAAGACAGAUCACCCAAUUAUAGGUGUGCAAGUUAAAAAAAAUUUUAUACGUACAAAUGCAGUUGACGCUGUUAUGGGAAAGCCAAAGACGUAUCAACCUGUUUGUGUUGACAGGAGACUAGGAGACAAAUAUCUCCUUGAAACUUCAGGACUUGUUCCAAAAUUUAUAAAAAAAAAGGAUUAUGGUAUUACUCCCAAAUAUAUAAUUAAGCGAAAUGAGGAAGUAAAGAAAGCACAGGAAGAUUAUAAUGCCUAUUUCAAAGAGGCUCUCAGAGAAAAAACCAUGGAAUGGAUCUCUGAUGAGGAAAGGGAAAAUGUCCUGCAGGAUCUGAAAAAGGCCUGGGAAGAGACACACCAUGAGUUUCAGUGCCUUUCUUUAGAAAUAGACACCCUACCAAAGAGGAUGCAUAAAGAACGCCUGGAAUCACAUCUGAAACAGCUGGAGCACGACAUUAAGCUAAUUGAGAAUCCACAUUGUAUCUAUAUUCCAAAGAAAUAAGGACUGUCUUGCAUAAAAUUAUUUUUUAUCAAGAAGAAAAUAUAAGUGCUAAAAGAAGAAAAUGACAAGUCCUAGUUAUUCAAAGGAAGAAAUUAAUUUAUGCAAGUGUAUUAGAAUCUUAUCAAGUUGUAGCAUUUAAAUAAUUUUUCAUCUGGAUAAUUCAUAUAUUUUUUCAAAUAAAUUUUUCAUUUAGUUUAAUCUUCAAUAAAGAGCUAUGAGUUUUA